AUGAAGAACCUACUUUUUUCGUGUUCACUACAAGUGGUUCUGAUGUGCUUUUUGGGCACAUCAUUAGCUUACACGACUUUUGCUAAACCUUCAGGGAGAUGUUUCCGAUCGGCUCUUUUCACGGCAAAAGAUACGCCAAUCGACCUCCCCGGUUUUGAAAACGCCGAGGAGUACCUCGAAUACAUGGAGUCAGUUUCCUCUUUGCCCAAGGGUUUUGCGACUGGAGCCGCUGAUGGAACGUUCGUCUCUAAAGAAGCACCAAAUCUGGGUCGCCUGCGUAUUCGUGGUACUAUUGUUCAGCUUACUGAAGGCCCAACCGACAGCUGGGCAGCGUGCUUCACAUCAAAUAAGUUCCCAGGUGCUCCGGUUCUAGUAGGAAGGAAACGCCUGGCUGGUGGUGGUGCUAUAGCUGCGUUAGUCAUCAACAACAAAGUGUCCAAUGUAUGCUCUGGUGGCGACGGAGAGAAGGACGCCGAAUUAGUUUGCGAAGCCGUGGCAAAGUCGCUGAACUUGGAAUCUUCCGAACAGGUUUUACCUUCCAGCACUGGUGUCAUCGGAUGGCGCCUCCCUGCGAAGGAGCUUGCUGAAGAUAUUGUUCCUGCUGCAAUUAAGAACAUCCAGAUUAAAUCUGCCUUGAAUGCGGCCCAAGCCAUCAUGACUACAGACCGUUUCCCGAAGGUCCGAAGUAAAACUCUCUCCAAUGGGAGCAGAGUUGUUGGAAUCGCCAAGGGCGCUGGAAUGAUCGAACCGAACAUGGCCACCAUGCUUUCCUAUAUCAUGACUGACGCCACUAUUUCCAAGAAAAAAUUGCAGGAGAUGCUUUCUGCUGUUGUCAAUGAAACGUUCAAUUGUCUUUCUAUUGAUGGCGAUGAAUCGACAAGUGAUACUGUUGUUUCUAUUGCUUCAAACCAAGUAAAAGCCGAUUUAGAUUUGGACGAAUUCAAGAAUGCUCUACUUGAAGUGUGCCAGGGUCUCGCUAAGGAUAUCGUUCGCAACGGAGAAGGAACCGGACAUGUGAUGAGGGUCCAGAUUGACCACUUUCCGGGAUCGAUGCGCUCGGCUCGUUUCCUUGGUAGACAUAUUGUCAACUCACCACUUUUCAAGUGUGCCGUAGCCGGCAAUGACCCGAAUACGGGACGUCUUGCAGCCGCAAUUGGGUCGUACCUUGGCAAGCAUAUGCCAGACGCUGAUGUUAGAAGCAUGACAUUGACACUUGGCAAUCGCGUAAUUUUCAAAAAUGGGAAAUUUGUACUUGAAGGCGAAGAAGUUGAGAAAGAGCUUUGUGACCACAUGAUUAACGCUGGGUAUGGAGACUCAACUAACUAUCCUCCGCACCAAAGGUUUGUUGAGAUUGGCGUAGACUUCGGCAAGAACUGUGGUGAUACUAGUGUCACAGUUUUUGGGAGUGACUUGACGAAAGAAUAUGUGCAAAUCAAUGGGGAUUAUCGAUCCUAG